AUGGUGUCGCGUCGCAACAGAACGCUCGCAUCCCUGUCACUUUUCCUGGCAGUAUGGGUCUGGAAUGCAUCGGCAGCAGCUGUAAAGGGUGAGACUGCCCGUGUUGAUGUGGGUGCGUUGAGUUCCCCGCAGAUUGAGGAGCAGUUGCAGAACUGCUCUGUUGUGCAGGCUCUCAAUGCUCACAAGGUAGCUUCGAGUCCGACCGGGUCGAGUCUGACGUCCAAGAUCUUCGCCUUCCUGUUCCCUGGCAGCCCCGCCGUCAACGCUCUCCUAGCGACUUUGUACAUCUCUGGUCCGCCCAACUUCCUCCUCGCAUUAUGUCCGCCCAAUAUCGACCCUUCGUCGCUGUCGGUGAUGGUAGCUUUUGCUGUUGGCGGGCUGUUGGGUGAUACACUGUUCCAUCUGCUGCCUGAGAUCUUCCUAGGCGAAGAUGAGCACGAUAAAGUCAAAUUUGUUAUGGUAGAGCCCAACAAGAACUUGCUGCUUGGUGUUGCCAUUAUGGUGGGCUUUGUCACCUUUGUGGCUAUGGACAAGGGCUUAAGGAUAGCGACGGGCGGUGAGGGUGGUCAUGAUCAUUCUCAUGGUCAUGCCCACGAGAAGGUCGAGCCGAUUGGUACUACAACGGGAACAGAACUGAAAGGCUCGAAAGAUGGUGCCCGAGCCCGCAAACCUGCUGCGAAUACCUCUACUACUCCGGACACUCUUCGGGAGCCAGAGAAAGAAAUCAAUCCGAGUGUUAAGCUUGGUGGCUACCUCAAUCUUAUCGCGGAUUUCACCCACAACAUCACCGACGGCUUAGCAAUGAGCUCUUCUUUCUACGCUUCCCCCACAAUUGGCGCGACCACAACCGUCGCUGUCUUCUUCCACGAGAUACCCCACGAGGUCGGCGACUUUGCGCUCCUUAUCCAAUCCGGCUUCAGCAAGAGAGCUGCCAUGGGUGCGCAGUUCAUUACAGCUCUUGGCGCGCUGCUUGGAACGUGCAUUGGCAUUGCUAUCCAGGAGCUUGGCGGUAACUCUGCAUCUGAAGGUUUGGAAGGCCCGGGACUGUUCGGCACAAGCUUGAGGUGGGGAGACAUGCUCCUUCCGUUCACGGCUGGCACUUUCCUUUACGUUGGAACAGUGGCAGUCAUUCCAGAGCUCCUUGAGACUGGUCCCGAGAAAGGAAAGGAGUUCAGGAAGACUAUCACGCAGUUUGCUGCCAUGUUUACAGGGGCUGGCAUAAUGCUCGCGUAA